AAUACAGACAUCGGCUGCUGCAAAAGAAAAAAGAACGGUUUGCUGUUAAAAGUUUUGUGAUGGAUGAAUGUGUCAAAAGCGUUUCUCUUUUUAAUUAAACAAAGUAUCUCUACUUUCUUUGGAGUGCAAUUAUUUUUACGUUUUACUUCCGUCAAAGUUAAACUUACCAUAAUGAAGCGGAUGAAGUUUGCACACGGUGAAGGUCACACUGAUCUUACUUAUUCAGAAGAUGGAGCAAACAUUAUAACAUGUGGUGCAGAUGGAAUUAUCGUGUUUGGAAAGGCCACGAGGAUGAUGAUCCUGAAUGUAUUUGUGUUGGUGAUGAAGCCACUGUCUUUGCAUUUAAGAACAAAAAAGUAUUUGUAGGAACCGACAUGCAUGUUCUGCCAAUAUUUUCACAUCACGAAAACCAGACUGAUGGUAGUGUAACACGGGCCACUUCUACAAUCACCCACACAUCUGUUAAUAAAGAUGGAUCAAAAGUUGCAACUUGUCCAGGUGAUAUGACAAUCAAGGUGAAAGGUAUUAAUUUUGAGCAGCAAUAAGGCCAAAUAAAGUGUUCUCACUGGAGAAACUGCACCCAUUCUCAGUGUCAACCUGGAUCCUAAAUCAGAGUUUUUGAUUUUCAUUUGUUGCUGGUCUACUUGUGGCAAGUUUCUAGCGACCGCUUCUAAGGCUGGUGAUAUCCUCGUUUGGGAUAUGCAGACUAAAACCGUGGUCAACUCGUUUCAACACGAGAAAAAGACACAAAUCUGCAAUAUGGCAUGGAACCCAUCCAUUACCACUCAAAAGGAGAUUGCAUUUUGCGACUGCAAGGGUUACCUUGGCUUGUUGGAAAAUGUUACGGCUCAGGCGGAGGGCAAGGCGAAUAAGCAAAGUGCAAAAGUGGCCAUCUCAUUGACGGCUAUUGCUGGAGAUGACGACGCAGAAAUAUAAAUAUCCAUCAGCCAGAUAAAGAAAGAUACUGGAUUCCCCACCAACGCAGAAGACGGCCAAGAUGUUUUCACAGGAGUUCAGUCGUAUUCUAUGGAUUUUGAUAUCUUGGACGACGGAGCCUCUAAGAUUAACAGCAGACCUUCAAGUCCUUUGGCUGGCCAUUCCAGGCGCCCUUAUCAAUCCUCCAGUAAAAAACGAGAGCCAUUUCAACCAGGGUCAUCACCAGUCCAUCUGCAUCACCGGUAUAUGGUCUGGAACAAUGUCGGAAUCGUGAAAUGUUUCGGAGAGGAAGGUGACCAAAGUGCCAGCAGCAUCGAAGUCGAAUUCCACGAUUCGUCCAUCCACCAUGGACUGCACAUACCCAACACACUGGGCCACACUUUGGCCUCACUUUCCAGCCAGGCUCUGCUGUUGGCCUGUCCGGCACAGGAAGAUAGCCCCAGUCGGAUUGUUUGUGUCAACUUUGCUGCCUGAGAUGGACACAAAGAGUGGGCGACCACCUUGCCACUCGGGGAAGGGGCUCUAGCCUUGGCUUGCCGGCGAUGCCUGGGUGGCAGUGGCCACCUCUAGAAAUUUGCUUCGACUCUUUUCAAAUUCUGGGCUCCAGCGUGCCAUGAUUUCUCUCCCUGGUCCUAUACUCUGCUUGGCCGGCCACGGUUCCAAACUCUUUAUGGCUUAUCAUUCUUCACUGGGCAUGUUUAGCGAACAAACUAUCGGCUAUGCACUGGUGGGCAUGGACAGGAAAUCUCCGAUUGGUUACGAAUGGCUGGCCAAUCCGCAAACUCUUCCCCUCGGCCCGGAGUGCGACUUAUCGUGGGCCGGAUUCAGUGACGAAGGAACGCUGGCCACGAUGGACAGCAGCGGCCUCCUGCAAGUGCAACUUCGAUCCGGCAUGUGGAUGCCUCUGCUGGACACGAGGCAGAACGUCAAGGGUAAAUCCAACCACUACUUUCUGAUCGGAUUGAGCGAGCUGGAGGAAUGCGUCCGUUGCGAGCUGUGCAAGGGCGCCCGCUACCCUCCCACCUUGCCACGGCACAACAUGUCCUUGCUGGACGUCAGACUGCCGCUGUGUGACGGCGCCAAUGAGAAAACUCAGCUGGAAGAAGCCCUGAUUCAGUCGACGCUGCAAAUCCAGCUGACUGGCACCUUGGACCAGACGGGAUUUGACGUGGAUGACCCCAGGAAUAAGGCCGACCGCCUGUCCAAGGAAUCGUUGAUGAAGAUGUUCACCCUGGCCUGUCAGGCCGAGAGGGAGGUCCGAACGGUGGAAGUGGCCGAAUGGAUGCCCAGCGAGCAAUUGCUCCAGCUGGCCGUCAAGUACGCAACGCGAGGCAGGAAACGCCAGCUGGCCAACCGACUGACGGAGAUGGCCGAGCAGCUAGUCAGAGAUCGUGAAGCCGAAGAAACUUUGCUAAUGGAACCGACACGAACUUCAUACCUCUCAUCAAAUGCUUCUAACAAUACUUUAGACGAUGACAGGGAUAUGUUUAUUUCUACUCCACCUGUUCUCGAGAUCAAAGGUGGAAACAAUAUGUGUGCACGGAAAGUGUGCUCAAGAAGAGAUCAAAAGUGAGAAAUCAAGCCCACGCCGAAAUCGUCUUCAUCGAUCCAUCGGCAGCUCUGGAGGUGGAUGGCGUCCGAGGCUUCUUCUCGGCCAAAGAUAUCGCAUCCGGCCGGAACGUUUUCGGACCCAUCGUCCACGACGAGGAAGUCUUCGCUUCGAAACGGGUCACCUGCUGCGGCCAGGUGAUCGCCUGCGUGGUGGCCGACAAUCUGGUGCUGGCACAGCGGGCCAGCCGGCUCGUCCGAUUGACUUACAGUCCGUCUGAUGGUCCAGCCAUCUUCACCAUUCAAGACGCCAUCAAGAACAAUUCCUUCUACCAAGGCCACAGCCGUGAAAUCAUCCAGGGAGACGUCGAGGCCGGAUUCCGGAAUGCCCAGCACGUCCUGGAAGGAACUUUCGAGAUGGGCGGUCAGGAGCAUUUCAACUUGGAGACGCAAUCGGUUUUGGUCGUGCCAAAAGGUGAGGACGGAGAGAUGGACAUCACCAGUUCCACUCAGAAUCCAUCGGACUCAAAAGCUAUUGUCAGUAUAGCGUUCUACAUGCAAAUUAUCGUAACAGAAUUUCACUAUUUAACUUCACAUUCAUAAACUACUGUAUAAAAUUUAAGUAUUAUAUCCAAAACUUCGGAAAUAUUUGCCUUCUUCUGUAAUUAAACAUUGCCAGUUGAGAAUGUACUAAAAUCUACAAUUAUUUUUACUCUAAUUUUAAAAAUUAAAAGAUAUUUGUUAGUAUUAUCCGGUAAGCGGUUGAGUACGAUUGCUUCAUUCUUCUUCUCGGAAAAAGCUUGGGCGUUGCAAAAGGUGACACAUUUGACUAAAUUGGAGUCGAUGAAAACAUUCGAUUUUGAUCUUAUCUUGACUCAUUACCGUUAUCACACAGCUGAGCCAUGGAAGAAAAAUCGGCGUCUCUUCAAUCCGGCAUUCAAAGUUCAAGUUCUCAGCUUCAUGGACGCAUUUAACAAGAGUGUUUACACGACGAACUUAACAGCCCACUGGCUUUCUGCUAAGUGAAAGUAAAAUGAGCAAUGAUUUCACGUCAUACGUGUAUUCGGUGUUUAGCGAUUUAUUGGUGCCAACUCAUUUUUUAGCGUAGUUUUGCUGUAACAGCUGUAACGUAUUUUUGUCCAACCAUAUAUAAUCCUAUUUUCAUUUAAUUUUGUUUUAAAUAAUAAAAAUAAAAAGUGUCAAAGAUU